CACACUCCAGCCAAUCACAUACUGACCUUCAUACCUGACACAACAGGUACCUUCUGUUAUGGAAACCCCUCACUCAAUGUCACUAAAUACACUUCUGUGACACACACACACACACAUGCACACCCAUCUAACUUGUACUCAGUGUAAAGCAGCUUACAUGGGUUCUUAUUCAGGUUCCCAGGGCCUGGAAUGAGAACAGCUCUUUGUUUGGCUGAGUCUGUGUGUGUGUGUGUGUGUGUGGGUGUGUGAGAGAGAGAGUGUCUGCUGCUUUCAUAGACAGCUGAACUCUCUCUCAUACAAACACAAACCCACAUACACACACAGGGCUUACACCAGACCAGACACUAAUCCUAUAAGAGUUCUCAGAAAGCCUGGAACCCAAACAGAAAGAGUUCCUCCCGUGUCUCUAGUGUUGUUCAGGAUACCUGAUCUGGGGAGUCAGAUGGCUGAGCGGUUAGGGAAUUGGGCUUUUAAUCAGAAGGUUGCUGGUUCGAUUCAUGGCCGUGCAAAAUUACGUUUUGUCCUUGGGCAAGGCACUUCACCCUACUUGCCUCGGGGGGAAUGUCCCUGUACUUUCUUUAAGUCGCUCUGGAUAAGAGUGUCUGCUAAAUGACCUGUCCUGCUGUCCUGCUCCUCACCCAUCAAAUUUGAUUGUUUUCAUUUCCUCCGCAGGUGAAAAAAAGUGGUGUCUCAAAUAAGCUCAGCCAAGAGGAACGCAAAAGACAGGAGGCUAUCUUUGAGCUGAUCUCAUCAGAACACUCCUACCUACACAGUGUGGAGAUUCUCAUUCGAAUGUUCCAGAACUCCCUGAGCUCCGAGAGACCAUGACCAAGACCGACCACCACCACCUCUUCUCCAACAUCACCGACGUGUGUGAGGCCAGCAAGAGGUUCUUCAAGGAGUUGGAAGACAGGCACCAGCAGAACUUUGUGAUUGAUGACAUCAGUGACCUUAUGUUCAAGCAUGCCCAGUCGAACUUUGACCCCUACAUCACCUACUGUUCCAACGAGGUCUACCAACAGAGAACCCUGCAGAGGCUGGUCAGUAGUAAGGUUCCCCUGUUCAAGGAGGCGCUGAGCAGGAUUGAGACGCAGCCAGAAUGCAGGAACCUGCCGAUGAUCUCUUUCCUCAUCCUGCCCAUGCAGAGAGUCACCCGCCUGCCCCUGCUGAUGGACACGAUCUGCCAGAAGACGCCUAAAGACUCUCCCCAGUACGAGUCGUGCACCGGGGCCCUGCAGGCCGUCAGCAAGGUGGUGAGGAAGUGUAAUGAGGGAGCCAGAACCAUGGAGAGGACAGAGAUGAUGUACACCAUCAACUCACAGCUGGAGUUCAAGAUCAAGCCGUUCCCUUUGGUGUCGUCCUCCAGGUGGAUGGUGAAGAGAGGUGAGCUCACGGCGUUCGUGGAGGAGAACGGGAUCUUCAUGAAGCGUACGGCCAGACAGCAGGUGUACUUCUUCCUCUUCAACGACGUCCUCAUCCUCACACGCAAGAAGAG